GUAGUUCUUAUUUUCGCCAUUAGGGGGCAAAAGUUCCCCGCCAGACUUCUGUCCAGCAUCAGGCUGCUGCGCGAAGAGAUGAUGUCACUUCCAUGGGUGCCGACAAAGAGGGACAACAUGGCGAAAAAACAACGUGGGAAAGGCGCCUCUUUGCAGAAAAAGGCAGAAAAUGAAAAAGGUGUCGGUGAUUUCAACUUGGCGCUGGAUUCUAGUGACGACGAGGCGCCGGAGGAAGUAACCUUUGAGGACUCGAAGGCCCGGGCUGUGGAGAGCCUGAAGCUGGCGCUGGACACGGCCAGGAGAGAGAAGGAGCUGCUGAAGGAGAAGAGGAGGAAGAGACAGGAGUUUUUCCAGGAACAGAAGAAGAAGAAACUCCUCUCAGCCGAUGUGUUGGAGGAAAUCGACUCAGUUCCUUCAAAGAAACAGAAACCGGCUGAGGAUGAAGAUGAAGAGGAAAAGAAGAAGAGGAAGACAAAGAAACUCUCAGGAGUCAGAAACCUGAAGGGCAGCUACACGGUUUCCACGGCGACGGAUCGAGGGCAGAGCGACUACCAGCGGCAGGCGGCGGAGGAUUUCAUCCAGUCCAGAUUGUACGGACCGGGAAGCUGCAGGAGCUCGAAUAAUGAGAUGCUGUCCCUGAAGAACAAGACGAGGGCGGAUAAGAGCGCAGCCGUGCAGUUUGUUAAAAAGGACUGGGCCUCUAAGGAGAAAGCUAAAGCAGAGAAGAUGAAGAGGAGGUGGAUCCACAAGCAGCAGAUUCCCACCAGCUGACCGGAACGUCAGGAAUCAUCCAACAUGGCCGCCGUCAGAAAUCUGGAGGAAGAAUCUGCCGGAGCUUCUUCACCUGAACUGAAAGUUUCAGAGAAACAAACCAGGAUGGACUUUAAGCCUCGUUUCAGGACCAGAAGCUUCGCAUGGAGAAAUGUUCUAAUGGUUCUGUUUAUGACAUGUAAAUAUUUAAUAAUAAAGGUGAACUUUAUACUUUGUACUUGAUUAAACAUUGAAUAUAUUUG